AUGGCCCCACGACGGACCCGAAGCAGCGGCCGCCUCCGGGAGUUGACCACACAUCGGGUCUGCAGAGCCUCCGAUCAUUCUUUUCUAGCAUCCUGUCCGUCUGCUGUAAGACUCAACAUCAUGCCCCGAAAGCCCACGCCAGCAGCCAAGCAGCGCGUGAGGACUGGCUGUUUGACGUGUCGAAAACGACGGCGAAAAUGUGAUGAGCAAAAGCCAAGCUGUGCGAACUGUGAAGUGAAAGGAUUCACUUGUAAAUAUGGCUCUGAUCUAGCGUUCGUGCCACCGCGCUCGGGGGCAGUUCUCGGUGCACGGCACGGUUAUAGCAACAUCACUUUUGUGGACGACUCACCAGUGGCAGCUACCAAAGACAAAAAAGACCAGAAGCCAGAUGAGUCGCAAAGCAAUACAGACUUCUCCUUGGACGGCUUGCAGUCUUCAGCCGAGAGUCAUGAUGAUCCUUCAGAGCCAUCUCGGCCGUUCGGGUUUCAAAGUAUACAUUCGUCCGGGUUGCCCAGUGUUGAUUUCUCUGAUUCCCCAAUUCCAUUUAUCAGUGGUCGAGGGGCACCGAACACUUCCUAUAUGAGCACUGUCUCCUACUUUGGAAAUUCUAUAUCAACUUCCAGUGACCAAGCACCCGAUCGGCGGGUGCAGCUUGCAAGCAGCAAUCAGGAAACAGAUUUACUUCGUCAUUUCAGAUACCACCUUGGGCCGUGGAUUGACAUUGGAGACCCUGAGCUACCGUUUGGGUUGCAGGUUCUUCUCCUCUCUCGGACAAACAGAGCUCUCCAAGCUGCGGUUCUUGCCGUCUCUGCUGGGCAGAGAAAGCUGAUGGCAUUUCCGUGCACAGUGGAUUCUGAAUCCAGUCGGGUAUUUAGACGCGAAGCAGAAGGCACUCUUGCGCUUGAAUGUGAUUUAGCCCGGCAUGCGGGUCAAGCCCUGAUCAUGCUCCAGGAUGCUCUUCCUUCGGGCCCUCAACAAUGGAGGGCUUUGCUUGCUCCCACAAUCAAACAGGCUUGUGAUUUUGCAUCACGGGAAGGGCAAGCAGAGGAUGUGGGGGAAGCAUUACUGUGGCUCUAUUUCCGACUCGAUCUUGCCGGAUGUAUUCUCCUUUCAAAAGCACCACUCACGCCCUUCCGAUCAUUACUGCAGCGCGAUGGCACGUUUGUUCUUCACCCACAACCUCAAAAUCAGCCUCAAACCGUUCAUCGCGCCUACAAACACAUACUGUGUCUACUCGGUCACUGUCUAGCCCUUAUAUACGGGGAUCCGGAACUACCGUCGCCGCAAACAAUCUCCUCCCCUGAACUGGCAGCAUUUCCAUCCUUACGGCAGUCACAUUUCCUCUCCCAGUGGACGUUCCUCUGGUCAGACUGUCAGAAGUGGUAUGAUGAUCGACCUGUGAAUGUCCAGCAAAUUGUGGAUAUCCGCGGUGGCGAGGCCGAUCACAUUGACCCGGAUCAUGACUCUUCAUUCCCCAUCCUUAUCUAUACAACACCAAUGGCGCUGGUCGCCAACGCGGUCUACCACACUAUCUCUCUUCUGAUGUUGACCCACAAGCCGCGGCUUUUGAAAUCACUGCCUGGGCCCCGGUCUGUCACUUCUCACAUUUGGCAUGCGCAAUCCAUAGCCGGUAUUGCGGCAAGCAAUGACUCUCCCGAGCAAUGGGACCCGGUACUGGUUGCGGGUCUUCUUCUCAUUGCUAAGGAAAUGACGCAUGAGUCACAGCAGACGGUAAUACUGCAACGUCUAGCAAAAAUCACAGCCACCACUGGAAUCAAACUUGAUCAGGAAACGGAAGCGCUACAAGCGACGUGGAAUCUGGCGCGUUACGAGGAGGAAUUUGAAGAUGAACCUGAUACUCUAAUUUCAUGA